AUAUUGGCUGGCAAGAAACGAUACACCCCAAUCAAAGUUCAUUCUCCUGAAACAUAAACCUGUGCUGAAUCAAAUAAAAUUGGUAGCCGAGGUACAGGAGCCGACUGUGGGUCAUUGGGCUUCCCCUGAUAAGAAAGGUUGCUCAAUAAAUGCAGUAGUUCUAAGAUUUGAAUGAAAGACAAUUAUCUGCCAUUGUCUAUGCGGAGGUGAUCCCACUGACUAGUAGGAAAAUCGGCAGUAGGCUAUUCACCGAGCAGACAACUUACUCAUACCCUGAUUCAUCAGUCAGAAGUUAAUUGCGGGGGAAAGUUCAAUAUCUAUUGCUGUCUGCUUCCUCGCACCUCCUAUAACUGCAGUCAGUGGGCAAGAGACACAUCUCGGGUAGUUUAUUUUCUGCAUAUUUUUCACAACCUGGCGCUGAGUCCUUACAUUACCUACUUCAACUGACUAUGGAUGUGGAAGAAAUUCUCAACAGCACUAUCCAUCCGACCUGUUUAGAAGAACCUCCGCUGGCUAUCGAUGUCAUAAAGCAGCUGGAUGUCUUUGGCGUGGCUCUGUACUCCAUGCUGACCCUCAUGUCUACCCUGUCCCUGCUACUAUACCUGGAGGAAUGUGUGUUUAUCUAUAGAAAAGUCACAUCUCCUAAGAAGACAACUAUUAUGUGGGUCAAUGGUGCUGCACCGGUCAUUGCCACCAUGGCUUGUUUUGGGAUGUGGAUACCAAGGGCUACCAUGUUUACAGAUAUGACCUCUAAUUCGUACUUUGCAGUGGUGGUGUAUAAGAUCUUGGUUCUGAUGAUAGAGGAGAGUGGGGGUAGUGAGGCCUUUCUGAAGAGCAAUGCCCAGAAAACCUUCAAGAUCAAUGUAGGACCCUGCUGCUGCUGCUGUCCCUGCUUGCCACGCGUUCCGGUCACACGGCGCAUGUUAUUCUUGCUGAAGCUGGGGGCUCUUCAGUAUGCUAUCUUAAAGACAGUCAUCUCAAUUGUGUCCAUAAUAUUGUGGACCAAUGGCAACUUUGAUCUUUCUGAUCUGGAGAUCACAGGCACGACUAUUUGGAUCAACCCAUUUAUAGGUGUUCUCACCAUCAUCUCCCUCUGGCCUGUCGCCAUCAUGUUCAUGAACAUAUGCAACACACUGCGCAGCAUCAGGAUCAUACCUAAGUAUGCCAUGUACCAGCUGGUGCUGGUGCUCAGUCAGCUGCAGACGGCCAUCAUUAACAUCCUGGCCUUGGAUGGAACCAUCGCCUGCUCCCCACCCUUCUCCUCUACUGCCCGUGGCACCAUGUUGAGUCAGCAGCUAAUGAUCGUGGAGAUGUUCAUCAUUACCCUGGUGACCCGGGCAUUGUACCGCCGCACCUACGACCCUCAUCCCUCCGACCCCCACGAGACUGACAACAACCAGAACACCAAGAUCAGCCUGCAGGCCCCACAGGAAGAGCACGCUGCCUGAGAGAUUGGGGAGAGAGAGAGAGUGGUGUGUGUGUGUGUCUGUGUGUAUGUGUGUGUGCGUGUGCGCGUGCAGGAGUGUGUGCGUGUGUGCGUGUGUGUGCGUGUGUGCGUGUGUGUUUUACUUGUAUAUUCAUUUUGUUUUGAUGGUGUGAUACUGUAUAUUCUGCUGUUGUAGUUGUCAGUUAGUCUUGUAUGAGAUGAAACUUACUGUAUAUUAAAGGUUUACCUGCAUUAUGCUGAAUAUAAUAUUAGAACAUAUACCUCAAACAACAUGUCUGUCCCAUCCAUAUUUCCUCAAGUUGCCUUGGCUCUCAACACGGCUAUGUAGAGUUGGGUGUGUGAGGGUGUUGGAAAGAGAUGGAGAAGUUUAUAAACAAAAAUGGGAUAAUGGGGGAUUAAAUAUGUAUUUUGUAUUCAUAUCAAUAAAUAUAGUGGAUUACAACUA